CAUAGGGAGAGAGAGAAACUAUCGUCUGCACACUGGAACUCUAAUCAGGCAUGCACCUAGAAAUGCGAAACUUCGGAGUUAAAGGAGACAGAUAUCUUCAAUAACGCGUUGAACGUGAUGGACGAUCAUUCAACUGUUUCUGAUCCGCUUCGCUCACACCAUGGGCAACGCUUUUACCAGUUAUCUUUCGUUCCAGCCGCGCCUCUCACGGAGAGAAACCGUCCUGACCAAACAGGAUGAGUGAGUGGAAUCGUACUCCCUUGUCCUUCCACGUCUCUGACACGUGCAUUCGGCUAUCGCAGAUAUUCCUCGUGAUGGAUGGCUAUGAUGGUGUGGGCUUUGAACUAUGCAAAAUUCUCUAUGACCACAACAUGACUAUUUUCAUCGCAGGCCGCUCUGCAUCCAAUGCCCGAAUGUGACGUAGAAAGGUCAAUCUGCACCCAUGUUAUGAUAACCUGUCAAGUCAUGAUAAUUCCGUAUAGUACUACUCGGUUUUCCGUUGAACCUAUAAUUAGUAAAGCAAAAGGAUUGGCGGGAGACAAGUCGCUAUCGACCUAGCUUUUGAAUAGUCUCUCUAGCAUGUUCUUCACACACACAAAUUUCUGGUAAGACGCUCUUAUACAUAUCAAAAGUCAAAUGGUCUUAUGAAUGAUAUCCACGCCAUUGUGUUGGCCCAUAACGCUGUCCACUAAAUCCGCAUUCGGGCUCAUCCCAGACUUGUGAAGCACGUUGAGCUCUUUGAAGAACUUGGGAGCAAGGAUGACCGUGUCGCCCUGUAACGUUUGGAUUAUAUAGUUCACAUUUUUGGACUUUGGGUGAUAGAGAACGACCAGCAGAACGC